AUGCAAUCAGGAUCCAGCGAUGCGUUCCCUGACACCUCACAACUAUGCAACUAUGGACGAGGUGAGGCUUGUAUAUCCGGCGUAUUGUGGCUAGGUUUGAAGCAAGAAACUCUAUAUUACAGCAGUGUCAAGAAAUACGACAGCUACUCAAGGGCUUGCUGGGUUAACUAUUACAUCUGCCCGCCGCUACUCGACUCUGUUUACGACUACGACAAAAAGCCAGCAGUUUAA